AUGGAGUUGAUGUCAAUCAGAAAUCCUAAUUCGAGCUUGCUCUAUAGAGCUCAUUCUCGUCCACCUGUCACUCUCUGUGCUCCACGUUCUCUCCUUCCUAGCCGACGCCAUUUCAGUGCUCCACAGUUGGCUCGACCUGUAGUUUCUUGCACUGGGCUACGUUUCGGGUUUAGCUCAGAAGUCUUGCUUAAUCGAUCCUUCGUUGCUUUCGCUGCGUCUCACGAGGACUCGGAACAAUCAGGUGUUGAAGUUGGGAAGGAGAAGAGUGAAGAUGAUACAUCUCCGGAAGCAUGGAAACAAACUCUCGCGUCGUUCAAAGAACAGGUUUCGAAGAUGCAGAGCUUGUCUUCGGAGGCAUACACCGUUAACUCUCAAAAAGCAAUGACAAUCUUGAAAGAUACUUCUGAACAACUUAGGAUUCAAGCGGAAAAGGCGAAAGAAGAGUUGGGUACAAAGGCAAAAGAGGUUAGCGAGGAAGGUAGAGAAUAUAUUUUGAAAGCGGCAGAAGAGUCACCUUCAGAUGUGAAAGAGAUCGUCGAAGCAUUCGCCUCUACUGAGGAUCUGAAAGAUGUGUCGAGAACGCAAGAUUUUCAUGUUGGAAUACCCUAUGGUCUACUUUUGCUUGUGGGUGGUUUUAUUUCCUUUAUGGUAUCGGGAAGCAUUGCGGCCAUUAGGUUUGGGGUCAUUCUUGGUGGAGCUCUUUUUGCACUGAGCCUAGCAAGUCUAAAGUCUCAGAGGAAAGGAGAGUCAUCUACUAAGUUCUUAAAAGGACAGAUGGCUAUAGUGGCAAUCAUAUUUUUUAGAGAGUUGUGGUGGCUACUAUUUCAGAGAUCUUCGUUCCCCGGUUUUGUGACCACCCUUACGAGCGGUGGUGUGUUGGCGUUUUACGUGUACAAGUUGGUGAGCAAGAGAGAAACGGAACCAAACUUAGAAGAAGAUGGAGGAGAAGAGGAAUUGGGCGAUGGAAAUUUGGAGCUUAGGGAUUUCGAGGGGACGAUGGAAAGUGAAUUGAUUGAAUUGUUCGAGGCGGCGAAGAAAUCAGCCGAUGCGGCGGCUCUCGACGGUGUAACAUCCUCAGGUCCGGAGGUUUCUCGAUGUCUCGAUGCCCUUAAACAACUCAAGAAGUUUCCUGUUACUUACGACACGCUCGUUGCGACUCAGGUAGGGAAGAAGCUGAGGUCUCUUGCAAAACAUCCUGUUGAGGAUAUCAAAAGUGUAGCUACCGAUCUGCUUGAGAUAUGGAAGAAAGUUGUCAUUGAAGAGACAGCCAAGGCUAAGAAAACCGAAAGCACAAAUGGUUGCAAAGCUGAAACUGUCAAAGAGGAGAAGGUAGAUAGGAUGGAUGUUGAGAGGACUUCAAAUCCUGCGCCAGUCAAAGUCCAGAAACUUCAGAGGGGUGAUUCGGCUAAGAGCAUCAAGGUAGAGAGAAAGGAAACAGACAACAGAGUCAUUGCCGGUGUGAAGGUAGAGAGAAAAGAGCCAGAAAACAAAGUCAUUACCGGAGCCAAGAUAGAGCAUCGUGGUCAGGCUGUAAAGGCUGAAAGUGUCUCAACAGAAAACCAAUCAAGUAUGAAAGCUCCAGCUAAGGCACCUAAUGGUCCUCCAAAGCUAACUUCAAUGGUCAAAUGCAAUGAUCCCGUGCGAGACAAAAUCCGUGAGUUGCUUGGGGAGGCCUUGUCCAAGGUUCAUGCAGAGUCUGAUGACUACGAUAGAGAGAAAGUAAACGGAUGUGAUCCAUUCCGCGUUGCUGUCUCAGUGGAAUCUCAUAUGUAUGAGAAAUUGGGCCGCUCAACCGGUACUCAGAAGCUUAAGUACAGAUCUAUAAUGUUCAACCUGAAGGAUAAAGACAACCCAGACCUAAGAAGGAGAGUUCUGACUGGGGAGGUGUCCCCAGAGAAACUCAUCACAAUGUCCGCUGAAGAAAUGGCAAGCGACAAGAGGAAACAAGAGAACAACCAGAUCAAAGAGAAAUUCCUGUUUAAUUGUGAGCAAGGUCCUGCACCAAAAGCAAGUACGGACCAGUUCAAGUGUGGGCGGUGUGGACAGCGCAAAUGCACCUACUAUCAGAUGCAGACGAGGAGUGCUGAUGAGCCGAUGACGACUUAUGUUACCUGUGUCAACUGCAACAAUCACUGGAAGUUCUGUUGA